UAUGGCAUGAUUCUCGGCAUCAGUGCCUUCUUCGCACUCUUCAUGAUCUGCAUCACGUGGAGCUUAAAAAGAUACAGCCACGAGCUGCAGACCGCCGAGAUGUUCACGACGGCGGGUCGAUCAUUGAAGUCCGGUCUAGUCGCGAGUUCAGUCGUCUCCACCUGGACAUGGGCAGCGACUCUCCUCCAAAGCACUGGCGUUGCAUAUCGAUAUGCAACUGUCUCGGGUCCAUUCUGGUAUGCUGCUGGUGCAACGGUCCAGAUCAUCCUCUUCGCGACGCUGGCCGUCGAGCUCAAGCGAAGAGCACCAAAUGCACAUACCUUCCUGGAGCUCGUCAAAGCGAGAUACGGACCUGCUACCCACGGCGUCUUCAUCGUCUUCUGCUGCUUCACCAACAUCCUCGUCACGGUAAUGCUCUUGACUGGAGGCGCGGCGGUCACCGAGAACCUCACCGGAGUUCCAACAGUGGCCACUGUCUUUCUCUUUCCACUCGGCAUUGUCGUUUUCACCCUGUUCGGCGGCAUCAAAGCGACGUUCAUCACGGACUACUGGAACGCUUUAGUGAUCAUCAUCAUCAUCGUGUUCAUCUUCGCCUUCGUUGUCUACACGACGAACACGAUUCUCGGCUCUCCUCGCCGCGUAUGGGAGAUCUUGACGGAGAUCGCUGCCGAGCGACCUCUUAAAGGCAAUGCUGGCGGUAGCUAUCUGACCAUGAAAUCACACGGCGGCGCUGAGUUCUUCGUCAUCAACAUCGUGGGCAACUUUGCUACUGUCUUCCUCGACAAUGGCUACUGGAACAAGACCAUCUCUGCGUCGCCGGUCGAUGCUUUACCUGGAUAUAUUAUGGGUGCACUGAGUUGGUUUGCGAUUCCCUGGCUUACUGCUACAACGAUGGGACUGGCUGGACUGUGUCUUGAGCGGUACGAUGUCUGGCCAACGUGGCCGGAACGGAUGUCCGACGCGGAUGUUACUGCUGGGCUUGUGCUACCCAACACUGCUGUCGUCGUGCUUGGUCGAGGAGGAGCUGUUGCGACAUUGCUGCUUGCUUUCAUGGCCAUCAUGAGCACAUAUUCGUCUGAGCUCAUUUCCGUCUCCUCGAUUGCGACCUACGACAUAUACAAGAUGUACUUCUGGUCGAACGCGCCCGGCAAAGCUUUGAUGCGGAUGAACUACAUCGUCAUGUCGAUCUUCGCAUUGUUCAUGGCUGGAUUUGCAACCACUGACAUUGCGCACCAGGCAACAAUGCUCUACUACAUCGGCGUCUCGAUGGGCUAUCUCUACCUUCUCAUGGGCGUCAUGCUGUCCUCAUGUGUCAUUCCCGCGACCCUCACUCUCGUCUGGGCGGAUCAAUCCUGGGCCGCCGCAACUUUCUCGCCGCCACUGGGGUUCAUCUGCUCUGUCACAUCCUGGCUAGUGACUACACAAGUCACCUACGGCGAGCUGACCGUGGAAACGACAGGUCUGAACACACCGAUGCUGGUCGGAAACGUCGUUGCUCUCCUCUCGCCGCUGAUUUUCAUCCCCAUCCUGACUUACGUUCCGCCGUUCAAGCCGCAGAGAUACGACUGGCAGUCCAUGCUCGACAUUCGUGUCACGACAGACGACGAUCCCAUCGUCGCAGCAGAUGUCGACACGGAGAAGUUCGUCGGCGAAUCUGCGCCGCCUGCUCCCACGCCUGGCCAAGGUCUACAGGAAAAAGCCAAGCUGGACAAGAUGGCCAAGCUCGCCCGCUGGCUAUGCAUCUGCCUGGCACUCUGUCUCCUGAUUGUAUGGCCCAUGCCGCUCUUCGGAAGCGGCUACAUCUUCUCUGUGAAGUUCUUCACAGGCUGGGUCGUGGUUGGGAUCAUCUGGCUGUUCGUCUCGUGCACGAUGGUCGUGUUCUUGCCCCUGUUGGAGUCGAGGAAGACGAUUGUCAGGACGUCGAGGGCUAUUCUGAAAGACUUGAUGGGAAUAGGUCAAGCGAGGGCAGGCGUUGUUGAGGGAGAGGUUGCCCCUGGAUCAGGCAUGAUGACACCGGUGGAGGGAUUAGAGAAGGUUGGUGGUAAGGAUGUCAGGUAA